GCAGGUACCAGCAUGCACCGCGAAGCGCUGCGCAUGUCACGCUUCUUGAGUUGAUGGGUUGAACUGUAGCGAAAACAUCUUAACGUAUAAAUCUGUUAAAUGUUCCUUGUUCCCGUUCUGUCCUCAGGUGGUUGAAAUGGAGCCAGCCUGGCGACAGCAAGGCAGGGGGCGUGGGCGUGCACACGAAGGCCAGGUUGACCGAUUACGACCUUCACAGAAGGAGACAAAGAGACAAGGAACUGAUGCAGGCCGAGGAGGGAGGAUGACGGCGGCCAUUAUGACUGAAGACGGUGUGUCAGUCCAAGCCAAGUUUGAGGAGAUCAGAAAGUCCAACCAGGCUGCUGCUCUGCGAUUGGUGGAGAGUCAUAUUAGUUCCUCCUCCUCUGACGAAGAUGAUGAUGAUGGAGAGGCUGAGUGUGAAGAUGGAAAGAGAGGGCGGAUCCUCGCAUCGACGUUCACCACCUACACUGACCAGACGGGUGGAGAUGUCACCGGUCUGGCCAGGACCGGUCAAUAUGUCAGUGACCUGUUUCAGUCUGGAGCUGUCACCUGUCUGAUCUGCAUUGCCUCCAUCAAGAGGACACAGCCGGUGUGGAGUUGUUCUGGCUGUUUCACACUCUUCCACCUGCCCUGCAUUCAGAAGUGGGCCAGAGACUCUGUGUUUCUCGUGUCUUCAGUCACUGACGAAGACUUUGGAUUGAAGCAGCACCCGUGGCCCUGUCCAAAGUGUCGAGCAGAAUACCCACCCAGUGCCACACCCAACAGGUACACGUGUUACUGUGGGAAAGUGCAGGAUCCUCCAGCUGAUCCAUGGUUGGUUCCUCACUCGUGUGGCGCUGUGUGUCAGAAAGAACUCAAACCCAGCUGUGGACACGCGUGUCUGCUGCUCUGUCACCCUGGCCCCUGCCCCCCCUGUCCUAAGAUGGUAAUGGUUUCCUGUAUGUGUGGCAAAGCUAAUCCCCUCCCCCGUCGAUGCAGCAACAAGGCGUGGUCGUGCCAGCAGCAGUGCGGCAGGUUGCUACUCUGCAGACAGCACACGUGUUCACAGCUGUGUCAUGCAGAGUGCUCUCCCUGUCCCAGCGUCAGUGUCCAGCGGUGCGUUUGUGGGAAAGAAGAAACACAGAGGCCCUGUUCCAGCCCACUUUGGAACUGUCAGCAGGUGUGCGGCUCGCUCCUGUCCUGUGGGAAUCACGUGUGUGAAGUCAACUGUCACGAUGGAGUUUGUCCUCCAUGUCCUCGCUCCCUCAGCAGGUCCUGCCCAUGCGGAAAAACCAAGUCGUCUCUGGCAUGCACAGAAGAAGUGCCGCCAUGCGGUGACACAUGUGACCAUCUUCUGUCAUGUGGUAAACACACGUGUUCCAUGAGGUGCCACAGAGGAAGCUGCGGCACGUGCAGACAGGAGGUGGAGAAGGAGUGCCGGUGUGGAAAAUACAGGAAAUGGAUGGUGUGUCAUAAAGAAUACUUGUGUGACUCCAAAUGUCCAAAAACCAGGAGCUGUCAGAGACACCAGUGUAGGAGGAAGUGUUGCCCUGGUAACUGCCCCCCCUGUGACCAGAGCUGCGGACGAACUCUGGGAUGUCGGAACCACAAGUGUCCAUCUGUCUGUCACCAAGGUAGCUGCUAUCCGUGUCCAGAGAUGGUGGAAGUUAGAUGUGCAUGUGGUUCUACGGUAUUGGUUGUCCCUUGUGGGCGGGAGAGGAGCACCAAGCCACCUCGCUGCAAGGAGCUGUGCAGGCAUCCCCCUUCCUGCCACCACCCCAGUAGAGACAGCCACCGCUGCCACCCAGGGUCCUGCCCCCCCUGCAAACAGCCCUGCCAGCUGCCGCUGCCCAGCUGCACCCACACCUGCCCACAGCUGUGCCAUGAUCUGGUGCUGGUCCCAUCCCAGCAGGUGCAGUUAUCAGGACCGUGGGAGCAGUCAUCUAAGCCUGCCUUUGCGACCAAAGCCCUGCCAUGUCCACCAUGUCAAGUACCCAUACCAACAUCCUGUUUUGGGGAGCACGAGGUCAGCCCUGUGCCGUGUCACUCUGAGGGUCACUUCUCCUGCUGCCAACCUUGUGGACGACCUUUGGCCUGUGGCAACCACGUCUGUAGCAGAGAGUGUCACCUGGUUACCGGUGGCAACAUGUGUGACGUCUGUGAGGAGGGCUGCUCUAAGCCCCGCCCCCCAGGCUGCCCCCAUGCCUGUGCCUGCCCCUGUCACCCCGGUGACUGCCCCCCCUGUAGUCAGAUGAUUCGUCAGCGAUGUCACUGCAAGAUCACCACGCUCUACGUGGAGUGCCUGACGUUUACAUCAGCUGAUGAGCAGAAGAAGGUGGAGCUGAUCUCCUGCCACAAUCAGUGUCCCAAAGAGCUGAGCUGUGGUCAUCGCUGUAAGCGGACGUGUCAUCCAGGACCAUGUGAGGACAAAUGUCUGCAGAAAGUCAAAGUCCGAUGUCCCUGCAAGAGGAUCAAGAAGGAGGUUCUGUGUUCCAUGUCCAGUCAGUGUUCUGUCCAGUGUGACCAGACCUGCAGAGAGCAGCAGCAGAAACUCACUCAGCUGAAGGAGGCAGAGCUUCGAGCAGCUCAGGAGGAGGAGCAGAGGAAACUUCAGGAGGAGCUGGAGGCGUUCGAGAAGAGGCAACAGCGAAGUGGUCGGCGAAGUAAGAAACGAGGCAGGAGAGAGGAGUUAGAUGAUGACCAAGGAGCAAUGGGGAAGUGGAGGCGGUGCUUGACCUUUGUGCUCCUCCCACUGGGUGGAGUUUUGCUUUCAGCUGCUGUCUACUAUCUUCUAACUGUGCCCUGAAUGAUCAUGUGGUCUGUUCCUCCUUUUUCUUCUAUGGAUCAACUUUCUGUUGACUUUUUAAAAAUUUAGUUUAAAUUUGUCUUUUUGGUCUGGAGUGAGACAUCUGACUCUGACAGUUGCUGUCACCAGACAUACUGCUGGUAUAACAUGAGUUUAUGUAGUUUAUUGUAGAGCUGGUCGGUGUCCUAGCUUCCAUUAAAAAAAAAACAAAAAAAAAAACCUGAUGUUUAUUUUUUUAAAGUGGAACUUCACAUUGAAUAUUUCACAGAUUUCUCAGUUUAAUUUCAUCACAAGUGUUCUGAAAACCCGGAGCUGGAAUACUAAUGUGAAGUCUUUACCAUAGUUACGGUUCCACGACUGAGGCGUCAUAUGAUGUUAACAAUGUGAACACUAAAUGAGCUCGUCUGGUCUGAUUUUAUCUGGAUUAAUUUCGGCUCUGUGCAGUUCAAGGUAUUAUUCAUUGACCUUUUUCCCCAUCUGUUAGCAUGUUACCAUGACAGAGAAGCCGCAGUUGUGUUAGCAUUAUGAGCAAACGUUGAAGCUAGCACUGGGACAAUUGGAGUAAAUGAAAAUGAUGUAGAAGUUCUUUUUUUUUUCGUUUGUUUCAUGUGUUGAUGUUUUUUUUUUCUGAACAAACUCCUCAAAUAAAUGUUUGUACUCGUAUGUCGAAGUAUUUUUCUCUGUGGGAAUGUGAAAAUAAAAAUGUCACUUUGG